AUGGCGAGGAAUCUUGUCACUCACGGGACCCCAGCUAAUACAUGCAACAAGCUCGGGUACAGCCGUAUCAAAUACGCAGCGGAAGGCGGCUUCGACGACCUGGUUUGCCUGCUGACUGAAGAGCAAACCGUACAUCUAGAUGACAUGGAAGCAGACGGAACAACUACAUCGCUCCAUCUAGCCGCAAAACAUGGGCAUUCUUCGACCUGUGGGAUAUUAGUCGGCAAGGGUGGAAAUAUCGAGGCGUUGGACGCUGAAUGUGAAAUCCCUGUGAGCUUAGCCAUAAGGUCUGGCUCCGUUUCAACGGUCAAGGAACUCUUGAGGGAUCAGCAAGAAACUGUCUCACCAGAUUCUGACAGUGAAGAAUCUACAGCAUGUGGCAAGCAGAAACAGCCCGGACGGACAGCAUCGCAUCCAUUGCACCUGGCGGCUCAGCUUGGCGACUUGAGCAUGGUAGAGUUGCUACUCGGGUACAAGAACCGACAGACAGUGACCUCGUUCACGCAGAUUGGAGCACUACCCUGCACUGGGCGAGCCGAUAUGGGCAUUGUGACAUUAUACAGCCUCUUCCGAGCACAGGACUCAUCGAUGUCAACAUGCCAGACGCGGCUGGGAAGAGAGCGCUUCACUGGGCUGCAGCCGAGGGACGUGGUUCGCAUCCUGUUGAAUGAAGGGGCCAGUACAGACUUGCAAAGCACACGCGGCGACUGCGCAAUCCACGCUGCUUCGGCGAAUGGGCAUGUUGACGUGGUCGAAGCCCUGGCAGGGCAGAUGAGUGACAUUCUGACUAUAGGCAGCGAGGGCACGGCAUUGACGCUCGCAGUCGCGAACCAGCACUCUCCUGUGGCCGAGUUCCUCCUCCGUUAUGCAAGCACGCGGGUAAUUCAGGAGAGUAGGCUGCUCUACAAGGCCGUCGAGAGUGGCGACGUGGUGACUCUCGAUAUGCUGCUCCGGCACGCAGACGAAACGAAUCCACUCGACGACUUUCCGCUAUGGGAGGCUGCUGCGGCCGGUCGCAACGCCGAGCAGAUGCUCAGGUUGCUGCUGGCGAUGGGUGCAGAUGUACGGGUAAGGAAUUCGAACAACGAGACUGUCUUCUUUCAUGUGGCGCGACGGGGUCUUACUGAAGCAUGUCGGGUGCUCUUAGAGUAUAGCGACGGUGCCGGUAUCAACGACAAGUCUGUCGACCAGAUCACGCCCUUCUACUUGGCCUGCUACCACCAAAGAGAGCAACUUGUCCGAAUCCUUCUGCCUCACGCCGACGUGAACAUGAGAUACUGCGAGGGCUGCACCCCUCUGCACGUGGCCGCAGCCAACGCCGAGAUAACACGGCUGCUCCUGUCGGCUGGGGCCGAUGUGAAUAUCCGUUGCGACAAUCAAGCGACGCCCGUCGUUUUCGCAGCCGAGCAAGGUAGCACGGAAUGCGUGCGGCUGCACUUACUAGCCGGUGCUGGCGGCACGGCCGUGAAUGAGUUUGGCAUGACGGCGCUGCAUUACGCGGCACAAGACGGCCAUGUUGAAUGCGUCCGGUUGCUGCUCGAGCAUUGGCGAAGGAUCGUUACAGCUGACUGUGCAGACAUUGUCUGA